AUGACGCGCAAAUUUGAUCCUACUAUCCGUGAAUUCGUGUCUUGUCUCGCGCAGAAACAGCCGAGUUUCAAGGUAGCCUCGAAAGACGUGCAUGUGCUUUCACAGCCUUCUGACUUUUACGCGAACCUACUCAACAUCAUCCGUCGUGCACGGCGGCGGAUUUUUCUGUCGUCAUUAUACAUUGGUUUCUCGGAGACAGAGCUGAUAAACGCUUUAGACGAUGCACUUCGGACGAAUCCCGGUCUGCACCUCUACUUAAACUUGGACUACAACCGGUCUACUCGACCUGGACCAUCAUCUCCCAUUCUCUCUCUUCUUCCCCUCCUACGGAACUAUGAGCACAGAGUACAUAUAUCCCUUUUUCGGAGUCCAAAGCUCAGUGCAGCGAUGACAAAUAUAGUCCCUCCUCGAUUCAACGAAGGUUGGGGCACCUGGCACGCCAAAAUUUACGGUUCUGACGAUGAAGUUAUGAUCAGCGGAGCGAAUCUGAACAAGGCAUAUUUCUCGAAUAGACAAGAUCGAUAUCUGCAUUUCAGCGCACAACCUGCUCUUGCAGAUUACUGUUUCUCAUUCUUGCAGGCCGUCUCUGGUUUUUCGUAUCGAGUGCUGGCAACUCCAGAUGGACCUGCCCUUCAUUGGGACGACACGUCUGUUUUGCCGUGGCAGAUCCAGUCCAAGGCAGAACGUGUGUUGUCACAGUUUCAAAUGAAACAUCUGUUUUCGUCCGUGUCCUCUACCAGCAGUGAAGAACAGACAAAUUCGUCGGAUGUAGUCAUCUUUCCUGUGAUCCAAGCUGGGCAAUUCAAUAUCCGAGAAGAGGAGCAUACUCUGUCGAUGCUCUUCGAUCACUUGGCAUCUCGCGAAUACCGCUUGAAUCAAGAACCUGUUAUGAAUCUGACAAGCGGCUACUUUGGACUGUCCAAGGAAUACCAAGAUCUGAUUUUGAAAUCUAACGUUGGAUGCAGUAUCAUAGCAGCCAGUCCGAAGGCAAAUGGUUUCUACGGGUCUGGAGGCCUGUCUGGACUCAUCCCUGAGGGAUAUACCCUAUUGGAGAAACGUUUUAUGUCGGCAGUAAGAGCCGCGAGACGACCUUGUUCAAGUAACCACAAUGUCAGCCUCAAAGAGUGGGAGAGGGAUGGUUGGACGUACCACGCAAAAGGAAUUUGGCUUUCUCCUUCAGUAGAUUCACCGCCAGUCCUCACGCUUUUUGGGUCGACGAACUUGAACUCACGUUCAACGAACCUUGACACAGAGCUGUCUUUCGUGAUGGCGACCUCAUCAGAUGAAUUACGUCAAAAAUUACAGGAGGAAAUUAAGGGACUGCAUCGUUGGGCGGUGCCUUGGAGGGGCGGAGAAAGAAAGGUCAGGUGGCGUACGAAAGCCAUUGUGGCUCUCGUCGGUGGUAUGUUGUAG